CAUUUUGGAAUUUUCAAAAUUAACACAAACAAACAAAAAAAUGUAAGAAUUAAACUAAAAGCAACACUUUACUAAUAAUUGGAGAAAACAUUGAAGAAAUAACAUAUAGGGUUACAAAUUUGUUGAAAAAGAUGAUGAAAUUGAAGAAAUUUGAGCUGAACCAUGAACAGAGUUGGAGAUCGGCGCCUAUCGUCGAUCGGAGCUGCAGCCGUUACCGUCGCUGCCGCUGGUUGUCGCCUCCUCCACCGCCCACCGCCGCGGCCUAAGCCGCGGCUCUCUCUCUCGUCGUUCCCCCCUUUUCCUUUUAGCUGCAAUUGUUCUUCAAUUUAUACCCGGAUGAUUGUUCCGUUGAUUUCUUCCCAUUGGAGAAUUGAUUUUAGCGAUAAAUGUGGGGGAGCGUUGGAGCGCCUGGAUCGAUUCUCUCCGCGGUGAAGAAGAAGUCGUGCAGGUCUAUUACUUCUCUUUUUUUCCCUUUUACGUGUGAAUUGAAUUGGGAUGGAGUGAUGGCUUAUUUUCCCUUGGGUCAUGCUACACUUACACCACAAAUUGUACCCCAUUUGUACACCGCAGUUAUACACAAACAUUUUGAUGGUUUACACCGACACGAGUGUUGGUGCGUUAACAAAAAUUUACACGGACACAAAGUGUCGGUGCAUUAACAAAAAUUAAUUUUACACCAACACAAAGCGUCGGUGCAAACCUGCGGGGUACAAAGUGGCGUAUAAAAGUUGGGGUAAGAA